AUGGAUACAUCUGAUGUUGAAGAUGCUGAAAAUUCUGGGCAGCAUGUUUUGCAAGUUGAAAAUGAGAAUCCAACUAAAAACUGGGCAUUGGUUGCACACAAAAAAUCAACUAGUAGUCGGAGCCUUUCCCCUACUAGUAACAAUAAUUCUCCAUGUAGUAAAAAGGGUCCGACUGGGAAUUUUCAUGAUAGUGAGAAGAGACAAGAUACUAGUAAUGCCUCAAAAGACCUAUUAUGUUCGAAUAGCUUUGAUGCUUUAUUGAAGACUAUUGGAAAGCAAGUAAGGUUAACAGAGAAUGACCACGAUUUGAUCCAAGAAAAACAAGUCUCACCACCUGCUUUAAAUAGCAAAUUAAGUCCAGAAGCUCUUACAGCUUUUACAGCUGUACUGCACUUUGACACUGGACGAGCAUACUCUGCAGAGGACCAGCAAUCUAAGCUUACAUAUGCUGGGCAACAUCUAUGUCCCCGCGAUGAAGCUUUUUAUUUGCUUCAAUUUAAGCAAGACCUCACAGUUGAUCCAAAUGCUUAUCAUUGUGACAACAAGACCCGAGGCAAAACUUUGUCUUGGAAUGUUACGGGAGAUUGUUGCCAAUGGGAUGGUGUCACUUGCAAUGGAUUUACAGGUCAUGUCAUAGGCCUUGAUCUUUCUACGAGCUGUCUUAGGGGAACCAUCCAUGCUAACAAUAGCCUCACAAAACUUGGUCAUCUCCAAAGACUCAACCUUGCCUUCAAUGAGUUGAAUGACUUUCCACUUGGAAAUAGUAUUAGUGAACUCACUAGUUUGAUGCAUCUCAAUCUUUCAGCUUCUGGAUUUGCUGAUGGGAAGAUGAUCCCACCAGGAUUAUCAAAGUUGUCUAAGUUGAUUUCACUUGACCUCUCCAGGAAUUACAUCCAAGUUGCCCGAACAACCUUCACAAGUUUGCUGCAGAAUUUAACCAACUUAGAGGUACUGUUGUUUGACAACGUGUACGCACCAUUUGAGUUACCUAAGAAUUUUCCUUCUUCCCUUAGGAAGUUAAGUCUUGAGGGCACCAACAUGUUUGGGAGCAUAAGUGAUUCUCAGCUUUUUCAUCUACCAAACUUGCAAAUGCUGAGAUUGGGAUCGAAUCCUUUAUUAACAGGCACUUUGCCAAAUUUUAAUUGGAGUUUCAGUAAAAGUAUUUUGGAGUUGGACUUUUUUUAUACUGGUAUUUUUGGGAAGGUACCUGAUUCAAUUGGUAAUCUCCAUUCUCUUUGCUAUUUGAACCUCAUGAAUUGUCAUUUAUUUGGCUCGAUUCCAGAAUCAAUUGGCAACCUCACUGCAAUCAGAGAGUUGACACUUUCAAAUAACAACUUCACUGGCACUUUGCCGAAUUUUAAUUGGAGUUUCAGUGAAAGUAUUUUAGAGUUGGACUUCUCCCGUACUGGUAUUUUUGGGAAGGUACCUGAUUCUAUUGGUAAUCUCCAUUCUCUUUGCUAUUUAGAUCUCUCUUCCAACAGUUUAUCUGGCUCGAUUCCAGAAUCCAUUGGCAACCUCACUGCAAUUAGAGAGUUGACACUUUCAAAUAACAACUUCACUGGUAAUGUUCUCUCAACUAUCUCAAAAUUAAACAAACUUGUUCAUUUAGGUCUCUCAAACAACCAUUUUCAAGGCUCAUUUCCAGAAUCCAUUGGCAACUUCACUGCAAUCAUAGAGUUGAGACUUUCAGGUAACAACUUCACUGGUAAUGUUCCCUCAACUAUCUCAAAAUUAAAGGAACUCGUUUAUUUAGAUCUCUCUUCCAACCAUUUUGGAGACUCGAUUCCAGAAUCCAUCGGCAACCUCACUGCAAUUAGAGAGUUGGGACUUUCAGAUAACAGCUUCACCGGAAAUGUUCCCUCAACUAUCGGAAAGCUGAACAAUAUUGAAUACUUAUUUCUCUCUUCCAAUAAUUUUGAAGGCUCGAUUCCAGGCAUCUUCACCAACUUUUCAGAGUUAUCUAUUUUAGCUUUUGACUCUAAUAAUUUCACUGGCUCAUUCCCUUAUUCAGUUGCAACCUUGACUUCCCUUCGCAUGUUAGAGUUGCAAAACAAUUUACUAACUGGUCCACUUCCCUCUAAUAUAAGCGGACUUCAAGAGCUACAACAACUUGAUUUGUCUUUCAAUUACUUCACUGGCGCAACACCCCUUUGGUUAUUCCGUCUUCCAUCCUUGAUUUCUUUAUCUGUUCAAGACAAUCAAUUAACCGGGAAAUUGCCAAAUGAGCUCAAGAGCAAUUAUCUAGAAUACUUGCAAUACGGUAAGAUUAAUCUUUCAUACAACAAGCUGCAUGGUGAAAUCCCUGAUUGGAUGUUAUCCAUGAGCCUUGAUCGCCUGGAUCUCUCUCAUAAUUUCCUCACAGGCUUUGAAAAACAAGCAUGGCACUCAAACUACUUGCCCUACCUUAAUUUGGAGAACAAUUUUCUUCAAGGGCCUUUGCCUCUAUCCAUUUGUGACAUGAUUAACCUUGAAUUCCUUAUUUUGGCUCAGAACAAUUUCAGUGGUUCAAUCCCAGGAUGUUUGGUUAACUCCAAUAGCUUCAUUCUAUUUUAG